AUGAGUGGCCCCCGUCCCCCCUCGUCGUCGUCGUCCUCCUGGGUCGUGCUCAAGUUCGGCGGCACGAGCGUGUCCACGGCCGCGCGCUGGCGCUGCAUCUGCGCCCAGAUCCGCGCGCACCUCGAGUCGCCGUCGUCCCCCCGCGUCUGGAUCACGAUCUCGGCGCUGUCCCAAGUCACGAACAAACUCACGCAGGCGCUCGCGCUCGCACAGACCCGCGGUCGGGGCCACCGCGAGCUCGCCCUGGCCGUCGCUGUGCAGCACUUUUCAUUAGCCUUUGAGGUGGGGCUUUUCCCCGCGUCGCUCGAGGGCAUCGAGAGCUGCUCGGACGUGCGGUCGCACUGGCAAAAGCUCUGGCUCCAGAGCGUCUGGGGACCCGAGACCGGCACGGAUUCGUCGCUAUUUGGCACGUCCACUAUCGACCCGGAGCUGCCGCGGACGCUGCACCCGCUGCUACUGGAGCUCCAGAACCUCGUGCGGGUGCUGCAGGGCAUCAAGUUGACGGAGGAGGCGUCGCCUCGGAUCCAGGCGCGCGUUUUGGCGUUCGGAGAGCUCCUGUCGACGCACUUGGGGCGGUGUAUUUUGAUUGUUAAUGGGCUUACGGACGUCGAGCGGGUGGACGCUCGGGAGCUCCUCGUGAGCGACUCGAGUCGGAGCAAGUCGGAGGAAGACCGGUACUUGCAGGCAGAAGUGCAUCCCCGACGAGACGUUGACCAAGCAGAGACAGCUGCAAUGGGGAAACGGGUGGUCCUCACCCAGGGGUUCAUUGCCAGCACCAGUACAGGGGCUACGUGUGUGCUUGGACGGGGAGGCAGUGACACGUCCGGAUCGCUCUUUGCAGCGCUACUGGGAGCUCAGAAGUAUGAAAUCUGGACGGAUGUGCACGGGAUGUUUACAACUGAUCCGCGGUAUGUACCGAACGCUCGGCUGAUCAAGAGUCUCGACUAUCGAGAGGCCCAAGAGCUUGCGGCUAUGGGGGCCAAGGUCUUGCAUCCACGCUGCAUUAUUCCAGCGCAGUGGGGGAAGAUUCCAUUGGAGAUUCGGAAUACAAAUGACCCAAAGGGAGCGAAAACCGUGAUCCAUCCUGCUUCGGAGGCAGAUACGGAUGAACCGAGCAGUCCGAAGAUCUUGGCUGUGGUGAAGCGCCAGAACAUGACGACGCUCAGCAUUACUGCCUUUGACAUGUGCGGCACGUCGGGGUUCUUGGCCAAGGUGUUUGCUCCCUUUGAGGCGUGCGGCAUUUCAGUGGAUCUCAUUGCGACGUCGCAGUUUUCCGUGACAGUGACGCUGGAUCACAUCCCCGGUGGCAUCCAAGGCUCGCCGUUCCAGCAGCUGCUGGAAUCACUCAAUGUACACUCGAAAGUGCGUGUGUUUGAAGACUGCUCGGUGGUGUCGAUCGUCGGUCGUGGUUUGCGCAAGGCGCUGGCAGAGCUUGGCUGCGUGUUUAACGUGCUGGAGAACUACGACGUGCUACUGCUCAGCGAGUCGGCGGAAGAUCUGAACCUAUCAUUUGUUCUUCAGCAGAAGGAGGCAGACGACGUCGUCGCUCGAAUGCACAGCUUCUUUUUCCCUGGUGAAAAACAGGAUUCUCCGGCAGCAGCCAAGACCCCGGCAGCUUUGCCCCCUCUGUCUCCCCACUCGUCAACCGUGAUUCCUACCGCGAAAGUGACGGCUCCAGCGCCGAUCUCCACGAUGUUUCAGCAGACAAGUAUUCGCCGGUCACCUUCCCGUGAUAUGCUCUUCGGUCCCACUUGGCAGUCGUUACUGGAUGCUACACUAGUGGACAAGACGGCGUAA